AUGACUAGUCCUCAGGAAGAACGCCAGCAAACCUCCUCCUCCUCCUCCUCAGCCGCAUCACUGUCGGUGCGGGACAUAAACCACCACUUUUACGCGAUCAACGAGCGCCCGGUGGACGACAUCUCGCUGGAGUUCUUCUACAAGCCGCACACCAUCACCCUCCUCGUGACCGCCUUCUUCGCCGUCUUCUACACCGCCUUCACCCGCGAUGACUCCAACUACGAGGGGAACCUCUGGUCGGCGGCCCGCUGCAUUCUCUUCUUCUUCCUCGUCGUCUCGCUGCUCGCCUUUCCCAAUGGGCCCUUCACGCGGCCGCACCCCGCCCUCUGGCGCCUCGUCUUUGGCGUCAGCGUCCUCUACUCGCUGGCGCUCAUCUUCAUACUCUUUCAGAACUACGGCACCAUCAAGGCCAUUCUCUACUGGUUCUACCCUGAUCUACGGGACUUUAAGAUCGACUCGGAGAAGCAAUACGCCAUCAACUGUAGCACCAUCACGCUGGAGCGCGUCUGGGACCACAUGGACGUCUUUGCGCUGGCGCACUUUCUCGGCUGGGCGAUGAAGGCGCUGCUGGUCCGUCACUACGGCCUCUGCUGGACCAUCUCGGUAACGUGGGAGAUCACCGAGGUGGCCUUCGCCCACCUGCUGCCCAACUUUGCCGAGUGCUGGUGGGACAGCUGGGUGCUCGACGUGCUGGUCUGCAACGGGCUGGGCAUCGCCUGCGGCAUGUACGUCUGCUACUUCCUGGAGAUGCGCACCUACCAGUGGGAGAGUAUCAAGGACAUCCAGUCCACCUCGCAGAAGAUCCGCCGCAUCAUCCUGCAGUUCUCGCCGGAGAGCUGGACGCCCAUUCACUGGUUCGUGCCCUCGAACACCUACUCGCGCUACCUCGCCGUGACGGCGCUAGUCAUCAGCUGGCAGCUGACCGAGCUGAACACCUUCUUCCUGAAGCACAUCUUCGAGAUGCCGCCCGGCCACCCGCUGAACACCUACCGCAUCGCCCUGCUCGGCUUCAUCGUCGCCCCCUCCGUCCGCCAGUACUACACCUACAUCACCGAUGUUCGGUGUAAGCGAGUGGGCACGCAGUGCUGGCUCUUCCUCGCGGUGAUGCUCCUCGAGACGCUGGUCAGCAUCAAGUUUGGCCUGCGCAUCUUUGCGCAGACACAGCUCUGGAACAUUCUCUGCUGGCUCUUUAUACAGUUUGUCCUCAGCAUCCUCUGCAUCUCCGCCUGCGUCCUCUGGUACCGGUGGAAGCACCAAAAUAACAGCGUCGUCGAGGAUCGGCGGCAGUUGAAGCAGCAGCAGCUGUUGCAGCAUCCGGACAGUGCCGCUGUUUUGAAGCAGCAGCAGCAGGAAAACAGCGUUGAUGCGGCAGCGGCAGCAGCAACUCACCGAAGGAAAAAAUACUCUUGA